GAGAAAACUGUGGCUGGGUCUGCGGGAACCGCACCUAUGGCUUCCGUGCUGUCCUACGAAAGCCUGGUCCACGCCGUGGCGGGAGCCGUGAGUUGUUUGCCUCUUGAAGAGUCUCCUGGAGAGGAUAGUGUCCAACCCAAAGGUCAUGUGGUGUUUUCAACUGCUUAUGUCACACUGGUAUAACAUCAGCUGAAAGGAAUAUUAGAAGUGAUAUGUUAAAUCAUAAUGAAGUUUUUAAAUAAGGGAAGCAUGACAGCAAUGACAGUAUUUUUUCCCUUGGAUACAGCUCGACUUCGACUUCAAGUUGAUGAGAAAAGGAAGUCCAAAACGACACACAUGGUGCUCCUGGAGAUCAUUAAAGAAGAAGGCCUCCUGGCACCAUAUCGAGGGUGGUUUCCAGUCAUCUCCAGUCUCUGCUGCUCCAAUUUUGUCUAUUUCUACACUUUUAAUAGCCUCAAAGCAGUCUGGGUCAAAGGUCAACAUUCUACUACUGGAAAAGAUCUGGUAGUUGGAUUUGUUGCAGGAGUGGUGAAUGUGCUGCUAACAACUCCACUCUGGGUAGUAAACACCAGACUGAAGCUGCAAGGGGCAAAAUUUAGGAAUGAAGACAUUAUACCAACCAACUACAAUGGUAUUAUUGAUGCUUUUCACCAGAUCAUUCGUGAUGAAGGAAUCCUGGCUUUAUGGAAUGGCACAUUUCCCUCCUUGCUGUUGGUCUUCAAUCCUGCCAUCCAAUUCAUGUUCUAUGAAGGUUUAAAACGGCAGCUUUUAAAGAAACGAAUGAAGCUUUCUUCUUUGGACGUGUUCAUCAUUGGUGCAAUAGCCAAAGCAAUUGCCACCACGGUCACCUAUCCUCUGCAGACAGUACAGUCAAUUCUGAGGUUUGGACAUCACAGACUGAACCCAGAAAACAGAACACUGGGGAGUCUUCGGAACAUUCUCUAUCUUCUUCACCAACGAGUCAGGCGUUUUGGAAUAAUGGGACUCUACAAAGGCCUUGAAGCCAAACUGCUGCAGACAGUCCUCACUGCUGCUCUCAUGUUCCUCGUUUAUGAGAAACUGACGGCUGCUACCUUCACAGUCAUGGGGCUGAAGAGCGCACGCAAGCGCUGAGGCACCUUCCACCGCCAGGCACUCAGAGAUGCUCAAGACAGGGGAUCCUUCUCUGUGAAGGGAAGCGGUUCCCCUUUUACUUGCUCCUUCCACUGAGAAUUUUACCCUCAUUGGCUUGAAAUGCAUCUAAGUUUACACAUGGAGUAUAGCCAGCUUGACCUGUUACCAACUUAGUUUUUACGAUGGUUGGUUGAAUUUUGUGGGGGAGGUUGGGCCAAUGGCCAUAUGAAAAGAAAACCUAUUGAAAACCUAAAAAUGAAAGUUUAUGGGGGUUUCUUGGUUUUUUUUGAGGGGAAUGGACUCUUGCUUUCAUGUAUAAUCUUUUCCAGGUAAAGUCUUUUUUAGAUUUGCCAGAUGGUCCCUUUCCCUUGAACCCUCCCCCAGGUCCUAGGGCAAAUUUGCUACCAUGUAAUUCUCCUCAUAUACUUUUGUAUGUCUUCAUCUUGGUAUUUUCUUCACUAAAAAUGUUAUGACUAUGCCAUAAGCAUGACUUUAUUUUUCUUGGCAUUUUUUCCCUCCUGCUUAAGGAAAGGUAUCUUCUUUAGUGUGUGAGCUAUUUAUUUUGUGGGGGAAAUGAAAAUUAUUAAUUCCAAAUGAUUCUCUUAUAAACUAUUUGUAAAUAUCAUUUAUUUAGUAUUUGACAUAAUUUUAAAAUAUUUAUUUUGAAUCAACCUUUUCACUACAAAACUUGAGGUUUUGCAUUCAUCCAUAUAGGCUCCAAUAAAUUGUCGGCACAAAAGUCAUUCUUAAAAGUUGCCCUUUACAGUAUUACAUUGAGUUUACAAGCAGCUGGUAAAAAUCACAGAAAAGGGAGAGGGAGCAGAUACCUUGUUUAGGCUCUGGAAUAUUAUCUUCUUUUAUAAACUCUUGGUAGAGACUGUAUAUUUUGAGAAUAAACUUGAUUGAGGUUA